AUGAGGGCGACUCAUGCUGUGCUGUCGGGCCUUGUGCUCCCAGCGUUGGCCGAGGUCCAUGGUGCUGUCCACAGCAAGAGCACCACAUGCGACCCUCCCGAGGUCUCUGUGGUUGAGGAAUGGGUCACCGAAUGGGUGACAGUCGCCUCCACCGUUACCGUCUGUGCCACGACCACAGGCACACUUGCUUACACCACCAGCGGCAGCGACAACGGCGGUUACAAGGGCGGCGACGACGGCAGCGGCCAUGGCAGCGGCAACGGCGGUAACAAGGACGGCGACGACGGCAGCGGCCACAGCAACGGCAACGGCAGUGGCAAUGGCAGUGGUAGUGGCAAUGAAGGUGACUGUGACAAAGGCUGCGUUGACGGGGACGGAAAUCCCAUCUCGACUGCCACCAAGAAGACUAUCACCGCCACCUCUACGACCUCUGCGACGGCCACGGCGACGGAAACCAACAGCGGAGGCGGCAGCGGAACUGACCUUGCCCUCAAGAGGGAUUGGGACCUUGACUGGACCGACAUGAGCCAGCUCGAGCUCAAGAAGUCCUGCCGCAUGCUGUACACCAAGGAGGAAGUCCCUUCUGGCACAAAGCCCGCGGACGGUGAGCCCUAUGCCUGGUUCAACGCCAACGACACCGAGUAUGCCAACCUGCAGACGGUCAACUCCAAGUACUUCGAGAAGGUGUGGUGCGACAUUGAUGCCGGCUGGAUCAAGAUGCAGUUCAGCGACUGGGACGCGUACAACCACGCCUGGGACAACUGGCACGACGUCGCCCGCCCGAAAUGGGGCGACUAUGCAAUCAUCACCCCGGCGAAGUCGUGCCGCAACUACGGCGACAAGGACCAGCGCAACUUUGUCCUGGCCACGGACGAGGAGCGCGACGAUGACAGCCAGACCAUCACCUGCCAGAUCAAGGACAUUACCAUUGCCGACACGGUCGGCGACGAGAACCCCGUCGACAUUGAGUUUGAGAACUUUAACCAGCCUGGUGUCUCGGCGCAGGCCAACGACUCUCCCGGCAGUGACGGCUUUGAUGACCUGGGCGGCGAGAUCCUCAGCGACCCCAGCGGCGACUCGGACUUUGACUGGUUCCUCGACAACAAGAUUGGCAAGAUGGACGUGGAGACCCUGAACAAGAGCGUCAUCGCCCAGUUUGGCUUCACCCUGGACGACAUUUAUGGCGAGAACGAUCUGCCCGAUCUGGCCACCGCGAACCUCGUCAAGAGGAGGUUUGGGCGUCGGUUGAGGAGGGCGUUUAAGAAGGUCAAGAAGGCUGUCAAAACGGCCGUCAAGAAGACCAAGGAGGCCUUCAAAGUUGUCGGCACCGCCAUCAAGGAAACGGUCCAGAAGAUUGGCGACGCCAUUGCCGACUUUACCACCAUUGACCGCACCAUCUCCCGGGACAUUGACUUUGACACGACCAGGCUGGGCAACGUGGUCGAGACGCCCUUUGACGGCAAGACGGGAUACGAGCUCUUCUCGGGCGAGUUUGGCGAGGAGGUCCGCAACGGCACCGAGCUCUCGGGCGCUCUCGACAUCUACUGCGUCGACUGCGGCGUCGAGGGUGACUUUACCCUCCGCGGCAAGGUUGUCUUCGUCUUCUCCCGUCUCAAGUUCGAGGAGGGUUUCGUCGAGGUCUCGGGCUCGCUGGGCGCCGGUCUGGGCCUGGGCAUUGUCGCCGAGCUGAACCUGAACAAGGAGUUCAAGAAGCAGAUUACGUCCCUUCCCCUGACGCCCUUUUCCAUCCCCAACAUCUUCGUCCUCGGCCCCAAGUUUGAUCUCUCGGCCGGCGUCAACUUUGAGCUCGACGCCCAGGGCCAGCUGCUCGCCGGCGUCCGCGCGGACUGGCCGAGCAUCAAUGCCAGGAUCGACGUUGUCAACUCGGGUUCCUCGUUUGCCAACGGCUUCACCCCCGAGAUCACGCCCAUCUUUGAGGUCGAGGGGUCCAUCAGCCUCACGACCACCUUCUUCCUUGAGGGCGCCCUGGGCAUCGGCAUCGACAUUGCCAACGGUCUGUUUGACAAGUCUGUCGAGCUGAUUGAGAAGCCAGGCAUCUUUGUGUCCGCCGGCGUGGGUGCCUCGUUCAGUCUCGAGAAUGGCCUCGAAGGCGUUGGUGACAGUGGCUGCUUGGGCGUCGAGAUUGCCACCGGCUUCACCAACGAGGUGUCGGUCAACGUGUUCGACAUUGACACCCUCAGCACCGUCAUCGACACGCGGUCCUUUGACAUUGCGCGCGAGUGCUUUGAGGUCUUUGGCAAGAAGCGCGACAUCGACUCCAGCUUCCCUCUGCUCGAGGCCCGCCAGGACGACGAUGGCGGCCUGGGCGACACUACCUUUGACGGUGGCAUCAUGUCCAAGAUCACGACCCGCGACGAGGAGCAGACGCUGCGUCUCCGCUACUCGCCCAACGGCAACAUCUACGCGGUCCCGGACAGCAAGGUGCCCCAGGAGGACAAGGACAAGGAAUGGUCGGGCUGGUUCGCGACGGACGAGUCGGGCAUCUUCAUCUUUGGCGACUCGCAUGCCCGCUUCCUCCACGGCUACCACGACACGCUACUCGAGAUGGGUGUCUCCCGCCUCCGCCUCCACGAGCCCAACGCGAUGCCCAAGACGUCGCAGCUCAUCGUCCUCGCCACGGUCCAGGACGACGAGGGCCCCGUCGACACCCCCGGCGUCGGGGCUGAGGUCCCCUACCUCGUCAGCAGCGACCUGGGCGGCGACAUUUACUACCCCAUCAUGUGCACCUAUGCGAGCGGCGACGUGUACCCCAAGAUGUUCCUGGCCAACGACACCGAAGUGGGUGUCGAGCGGCUGAUGAGCAACGACGCGGACAUUUUGGAUCUUGUCACGGGCGCCGAGGUGGAGGAGUGUCAGUACGCGCCCCUGACCAACUGGAAGAAUGUCGACGUGGAUGAUCUGGAGGAGGAUCUUGAGGAGGAUCUUGAUGACGAGUAA